CUAUAAAGUAUAAAAUAGGGAGCGACACCGCUCUAGCUAUCAGUGACAUUUAUCAUAUCACCACUAUCGUAGUCUCUCAGAUAAUAUAUAAGUAACCAUCUGAUUUACAAUAUUCGAAUCAGUAUCCAAGUAUCUUUGAAUCAAAACUUUAGGAAGCUUGAAGAAAGAAAAACACAAUCUCAAAUUCAAAAUCACAUCACCUUCGCUGGAAACAUCGAUCGAUUUCUCAAAAACCCAUUUUCAAAUCAGGAAAUUACAUAAUCAGUUGAUUACCAUUCUUAUCGUUUGUAGCUGUUCAACAGAAAACCGCAGAAAACGCCUUCGUAACCAAUUUGAACCAUUCGAUCUUACUUUCUUUACUCUCUAUCGAUCUCAACUUCAGUGAAGAUACCAAUCUCAUCAACGCGAACAACAACCAUCAAAACCCAUUCAUAGAUCAAUCAUUCAAUCAAUUCUGAACCUAUUACUCAACACUUCAAACGAUGUUCGGUAGACAACCAGAUUCAUAUAUCAAGAAAAAAGAAUAUAAAUAUUUAGAAAUCUUAGGACAAGGUAGUUUUGGAUUUGUCAAACGAGCGAUUUGGAUCAAACGUGAAGGAGUUGAAGUAGCUAUUAAGUGUAUAAAGAAAAAGAGUUUGAAUGGUCAAGAGCAAUUAGUACAUGAUGAAACAAAGUUAUUAAAAGGUUUAGAUCACCCUAAUAUAGUGAAAUUAUUUGAUUGGUUUGAAUCUCGUGAUAAGUUUUAUUUAGUAUUCGAAAUAGCAUCAGGAGGAGAAUUAUUCAAUCGAAUUUGUGAUGAAGGAAAAUUUACAGAAAAAGAUGCAAUCAAAGCCAUCAAAUCAAUCCUUGAAGGUUUAAAUUAUUUACAUCAACAUAAUAUUGUUCAUAGAGAUUUGAAACCUGAAAAUUUAUUAUAUAAAUCUAAAGGUGAUGAUGAUACUUUAGUAAUUGCUGAUUUUGGAAUUGCUCAUCGAUUGAAAUCGGAUACUGAAGUUUUAACUGCUAUGUGUGGUUCUCCUGGUUAUGCUGCUCCUGAAAUCCUCAAUCGGAUUGGACAUGGUAAACCAGUUGACCUAUGGAGUGUAGGUGUCAUCACAUACACUCUAUUAUGUGGUUACACACCUUUCAGAUCUGAAAAUCGUGCUGAACUCAUCAAAGAAACUACAAAAGGGAAAAUCGAAUUUCACCACCAAUAUUGGAAAAACGUUUCAGCCGAAGCCAAAGAGUUUGUAACCGCUUUGAUCAAACCUGUUCCACUACAACGAUUAACAGCGGAACAAGCUUUGAAUCAUAAAUGGAUCACUGAUACUGAUCAAAAACUGGUUGAAGAAUUUGAUAUCUCCAAAGGAUUAAAAGAAAACUGGGGAGCGAGAAGGAAAUGGAAAGCAGCCAUCAAUGCAAUUCGAGCAACCAAUCGAAUGAAAUUAAUGACAAGUUCAAGUAAUUCAGAGGAAGAUGAAGAUCAAGAUUCGACUAGUCCAACCCAACCUUCAACUAUAAGUAGUACUGGUGAUCAGAUUAGUCAUAAAGCUGCCACAUCUAAUUCAACUGCACCUUCUACAUCUACUGCACUUUCUAUAGGUGAUGAAAAUGAUGAAGAUGAUGAAGCAUAUUUCUCUACAUAAACUUUUUUUUUCUUUUUCAGGUAUGUUAAUAAUAUUGUGUAUAGAUUUGUUUUUGGGGAAAUCAGGUGUUUGGAAUACAAGGUUUUUGGAAGUAUCAAAUUGGAUUUUCAGUAGAAUGGACGUUAUGAAGUUGAAUGAAAUUGGGAUUUGAUUUCUUUCAUUUGAUUUCAUUUCAUCUUUCAAUCUCUCUUUCAUUUUCUGCCUAUCUUUUUUUUCUUUCUCUCUCUCUCUCUCUUUCAUUAUUCCAAUACCAAAUGGGAGACUGAGAAAAAACUCUUUUGAAGGAUUGUAUUUUUAAUUUUUUUUAUCGGAUUUGUUCUCUUUGUGUAUGAAUGGAAGAAAUUAAAGAUAUAUAUGUUUCUUGU